CUUGUGCGUCAGUUGUUGAAUCAGACCUUUUACCGCAUCAGGAGAUGAUGGAUUAUUUUAGCUUACUUGUGUUUGGUCUUUUUCUGCUGCCCUUGGCGUGUACAGAAACCCAAGUUAGAUUAGUACAAGACGGCAGUGCCUAUCAAGGCUAUGUUGAGAUCUUACACGACGGACAAUGGAGGGCUCUGUGUAGCCAAUACAAUCCAACAGCAACUGAAACAGCCAAUGUUAUAUGUGGGAUGCUGCGAAACACAACACAAUACACCGUAAAUGCAACAUUGUCGUCCUUUUACAAUCCGUAUAUGACGAGCGGUAUUUCAUUGCCAAAUCUUCGAUGUGGUGGAGAUGAAAUGGACAUUCUGUUCUGCAAGUCAGACCGAUGGUCGGUGCAAGGCAUUUGCCCUAAUGAAGUGGUUCACGUAUCUUGCAACACACAGGUGACCUGGUUACAAAAUAUGGUCAAUGGCGGAGUGGUUGGGAACCCUUAUACCAUGUUUCAUAUCUGUCAGGACUAUUUUUCACAUGCUGAUGCCACUGUGUAUUGUCGGACUGCGUAUCGACCAUCAUGGAACGUUAAUUAUACGACGGGUGCGUAUACAGACUAUUCAUCUUACAAGCUGCGAUUGGGUUGCCAAGGAAAGGAAGAAGAUGUUUCUGAGUGUAACGUUUAUGAGACUUACUGCAAUGGAAACCCGUAUAACGGAGUGAUAAUUUAUUGUAAAGAAACUGAAAUCAUAUUCAGAAACGGCCGUAACAAGUUGCACGGAACGUUUAGCGUAUACGAAAAUGGCUCCAUGAGAUACAUCUGCUCAGACGGGUUUGGGCCGAACGAAGCACGCGUAUUGUGUUUAACUAUCAAUGGCACGGCGGUGCCAGGCAAAAUCACUCGUUCAUAUGUUGGGAGUAACAACGACUUUAUAACCAACCUUCGAUGUCAUGGAACGGAGGACGACAUUUCCAUGUGCACAUCUACAUGGAAUGGAUACUGCAGCAGUGGGUACGCUGCAGCUGUUGACUGCAAUCAAGUCCGGCUAAUGGAUGGCCAUGAAGACAGCAGUGGCCGAUUGGAGAUCUACAACACAUCCUCCGACUCAUGGAGCACAGUCUGUCUGAGUGCAGGUUUUUCUUAUGCAGUGUUGAACGUCGUUUGCAGUCAAUUAGGGUUUUCCAACAAUGGUUACAAUGGAUACAACACAAGAGGGAGUGGUGGGAAAGGAGACAUAUUUACAUCCGUGUUUAAUUGCCAUGGUGACGAGUCGGAUCUCAACGACUGCAUUGUUGACCACCACCGGAGUGUCCACUGCAGCCAUCAGGAAGAUAUAUAUUUGAAUUGUGGAAACCAUUACACCACACAGACUGCGACCGCUUCACCUACGCAGGUUCGUCUUGUUGGUGGCGGGUACAAUUCUGGGAGAGUGGAGGUAUAUUAUGAGGGCCAGUGGGGCACAGUGUGUGCCAGAAACUUUGACUACCGAGACAUGGAGGUCAUCUGUAGGACGCUAGGUUACUACUCAGGGGGUGGUAGAUAUUACACAGGAAACGCUGGCAUUGGAGGCAACGUGAUGAUAGAACACCUUGAUUGUCAUGGCAAUGAAUCCCACUUGGACCAAUGCCCUUCCAAGACGUGGCUCUCAAACACGUGUGAUCACAGCGAAGACAUCAGCGUCGAUUGUGGAUAUUACGAUUACACAUCCACUCAGCACAUGCCACAAUCUAACAAUGGACAGGCGACUGAUGGUGAUAUCCGACUUGCGAAUGGCGGCAACGACCAUGGUAGACUGGAGGUCUACUACAAUAAGCAAUGGGGUACUGUGUGUAUGCGCGGCUUCGACUAUAACGAUGCAAGAACCGUUUGCAGAAUAUUAGGGCUCUACCAAGGUGACAGCUACCUGUCGUUCUACAAUGCCAUUAACGCUUAUGGUUUUGCGUAUACAAAUAUUCUGGUGGAGGACCUCCGUUGCCAAGGAGACGAGUGGAGCCUGGCACAGUGUGACUCGGGAAGGCCGUGGACAAACACCACGUGUGAUCAUUACUCAGAUGUUGGUGUGAGUUGUCGAGGAAACUAUUACGCGACAUCUACGUCAGGAUCAGCCAUGAGUUCACAAUACAGCCAAUGUGGAGGACAUUUCUACGGAACAAGUGGACUUAUCAAAUCACCAAACUACCCAAAUAAUUAUGGAAACUACGAGGAUUGCACAUACUAUAUAAAUGUCCCAAGCGGUUUUUCGAUAUGCUUGCAGUUCGGUACUUUUGUGACAGAACAAAAUUAUGAUGUUUUACAUAUCUAUGAUGGACCUUCUACGGGAAAUCAGGAACUUGAAAGUUUAUCCGGAAGUAUUCAGCAAUACACUGGAAAUCAGUGUUCGUCAGGAAAUUAUCUUACUGCCCAUUUCCGUACAGAUGGUUCUGGAAUAAGAAUGGGAUUCGAGGCUAACUACACAGCCGUGCGACUGAAUGCUAGAGACGACAUCAGACUUGUUGACGGUCAAAACAAGUACACUGGACGUGUUGAGAUUUUUCACAACGGUCAUUGGGGCACAGUGUGUAAUGACGAGUUUGGUUACGAGGAAGUCGUGGUGGUGUGUCGAAUGCUAGGAGUGUUCCAAGGACAGGGAUACGGGCGUGUUUAUACACCAAGUGUAAAAGGAACAGGUCCAAUAUGGCUGGAUGACCUAGGAUGCCACGGACAUGAGUAUUCUCUCGACCAGUGUAGUUCAAGAGGAUGGGGUUCCCACAAUUGUAACCACGAGGAAGAUGUUGGAGUUAAUUGCAUCGAUUAUUCUGGUAACUACGUUUCUGAAUACACAACCCAAUAUAACCGAAUAGAAACAGCCAGUUACCAACACAGCAUGACGACUGACACAAAUGAGCAAGUACGGCUGGUAAAUGGUUCCAACUAUCACAGCGGCCGGGUGGAAGUCUACCAUAACGGUCAAUGGGGUACAAUUUGCGAUGACAACUUUGACCACCUGGAUGUAAUGGUGAUCUGCAGAAUGCUUGGUCUGUACCAGGGAUCUAGUUACGGACAGGCCUACAGCAGCGCGUAUUUUGGUCAAGGCUCCAGUCAGAUCUGGUUGGACAGCCUCGAAUGUAAUGGGUAUGAAUCAAGCCUCAGCCAGUGCAGUCAUCAGUCAUGGGGCUCUCACGAUUGUGGACAUUCGGAGGAUGCAGGGCUCGACUGUUACGGUACAAACGCAUACAUGUCUGAGACGACGAUGGUGUACCACACCACUGGCUUUCCGUGGUGGCAGACGACAUACAACCCUUGGUGGCAGACUACGGCAGGUUACACCGUGCAAGACGCCAUUCGGGUUGGAUGCAGUGAGAGGGGCUGGAAUAUCCAAGUGGACAUGGGCAUGCUGCGCCGCGUGUACCCGAGCGCACGUGCAUCCGACAUCUACCUAGGGGAGAACACGUGCCUGGGCGUGGAUACAUGGUAUUACGUGAUGUUUCAGCAGGGUCUCAGAGAAUGCCUCACGAGUGAAACGGUGAGGCACGACGUUCUCGUCUACUCGAACCAACUCGUGUACGCGGAGAGAGACCCCGUUCACUCGUUUAUCAUUCGCCAUUACAACUGGACGGUCGGUGUAGAGUGUGACGUACAGAGAAACGAGAGCUCUUCCGGUCACAUAGAGCACGAAAACAACAACCAUCAAGGUGGCCCGCUGGUAUCUGGCGCGAGCCACUAUACGGUGAACUUGACGUUCUACCUGGACCCGAACUUCCAGCAGCCGGUCCCCAGCAAUCCUCUGCGCGUGCCAGUGGGCACGGACGUGUAUGUGAAGGUGUUUACCCAGGCCACUGACUGGACGGUGAAGAUGCGCGUGCACACGUGCUACACAAAGCCCUCGCCUACGUCACCGGACCAUCUGCGAUACAACCUCAUCCAGAACGGUUGUGAAGUUGACACCAACACUCACCUGAUCUCGCAGUCUACGCACGAGACGAGAUUUUUGUUCAAAGACUUCGAAUACACGAGCGACCAUCAGGGAAUCCACGUGAUGUGCGACGCCACGUUUUGUAGCACGUCUGAUUACAGUCGCCAAUGCACACAGACGUGCAAUCCCACCAUCAGAAGAAACGUAAACGUGAAACCUGUCGAUGACGUCACGAAAUCUUCUUUUGACGUCACCGCUGAAGGUGUCAGGGGCUCUGAUUCGAAAACAGAUGAGCAUGAGGCCGCUGAUGUCGAACAGACAAAGUCGUAUGAAAACCACGCCUGAGUUUUCCGAACUAAGACAUUUUCUUUCGCCAAAAUUUAGCAAGCUUUAUAAAUACGAGUACCGGUAAAAUGAAAUACGACCUAUUGAAGAUAUGACCAUUUCAAAGAUCGCUAAUAAAUCAGCAUAUUUCAAGAGGUUCUACGAGUCUGUAUACACAUGUUUAUGUUAAUAAUAUUGCUGAUAGUUUUUUAAUGCAUACAUUCAUUGUUUUGUGAUUAGUCUUUUAUUUCAUAAGAUUAUACAAAAAUUACAAAUUAUUUUUAUUAUUAUUCUAUGUAUUAUUAUAAAAUAUUUGUGUGAUAAACGAUGUUGUGAAUUCUUACUGAACAAUUUUUAAUACCUGCAAUCAGUCAUGUUGGCAGAAAUCUUAUGUUCCCAGCACAGUAACCAGUAGCCCGUGCACAUUGAGCUGAUAAGAUAUGGAUCAUUACAGCAAGUUGCCAAUACACUGUUUGGACUACCA